UGGUCAUCUCCAUGGAUCAUUGAACAACACCAUCAUCGUCCUUCUGAUCAACAUUAUCCUGAAUCCAUCAGCCAUUUUCCAUCUUGUCAGAUGGAAUUGAAUGAGCCCCAGCCAUAAUGUCCACAACCCUAACCACGAAAACGAAAACCAGCAGAGACAACCGCCAAGGCCGUCGCUUCCGAACGGGCUGCAAGACCUGUAAAUCGAGACGGAUUCAAUGCGACGAAACGAGACCGGCGUGCAACGCGUGCGUGAAGCAAGGGCGCACGUGUCCCGGAUAUCAGCGCGAGUUCAAAUGGUCGACGAAACAUGAGGUUUCUUCGGGGCGUGCUCGGAGGAGGACGGCUGUGAGCGAGGAGGAGGAUUCGAUGGCAGGCGUGGCGGGGGAAAGUCCCGAAUCGACGGGUUCGACGGUGGAGAUGGAGAAUAAGCAGCUGGAGGAGGCGUUUGAUGCGGUGUCUGGGCUGUUGGCGUCGGAGGGGAAUGGAGAUGGGGAUGGCAAUGAUAUCGGUGGGGAUAAUGGUGGAAUACCGACGGUGGGGAGCUUGGAUGGGCUGGCGGAGUUGUAUGGGAGGAUCUAUGGCGAUGGUUUUGGGUGGUUGAUGGGGCUGGAUGAGGAUAAUCAGACUCAAGCCCAGGCUCAGGUUGUGGCGCAAGUACAGGAGGACUUUCCAGAAGGUACUCAGGCAGACCUUCCUGUGGUUGGCCUGGAAGAGGAUGGAGUGGAUGAGCCGGCUGAAUUCGAAGCACUCCUGCAAGGCGAUGUUCUCGCCCUCGAGGACGACGUACCACACCCCAUCCUCUCCACCCCAUCCAUGACAGAAACCACCACUUUCUUGAUCGAAUACUGGUUCAAGAACGUGUGUUCGAUGUGGUCGAGCUUCGACUCCGACCGCAACCUCAUCCGCAAGCUGGCGUCUCACACGUGGAGCCACAACGCCGCCGUGUUCCACAGUCUGCAGACCAUGUCAGCCCUACAUCUGUCCGAGCAACUGCCUCACCUCCACGCCACAGCGACCACCUCGUGGACCGCCGCCAUGCAGUCCAUCCAGCAGGAGCUAGCCUCCUUCACGCAGCACAAAUCCUCGCCACCCCAAUUCCCCACGGGCCUCCUCCUCGCCCUGGCCGGCAUCGGCACGACCACCUGCUGGACCGACAGCCAACAACUGGGGAUCCCCCUUCUCCAGAAGAUGAAAACCAUUCUGGCGUACUACAACCAACCGGGCAUGCUCAGCGCGAGCACCACGGACCGGACGUAUCUCGAGUUCUUCAACGACAGCUGCGCCUACUGGGACAUCCUAUGCCGCGUGGUCACCGACGAGCAGGACACCACGGGCCCUGCGACCACCACUCUCAUCGGCCCAAUCCCCGGUUCCUCUCCGACAUCGACCACAACCACCACCAACACAAACACAUUCACCUCCCCGCACCCCUGGGUGGGCUUCUCGCGCCCCAUCCUCGACCUCUUCGCGCACACCCUCCUCCUCUGCCGCCGGCACAGCAAGCGCCUCCGCUCCCCCACCCACGCCACCCUGCACACCCUGCAAGAACUCAUCCGCGACAUCCACGCCGCGCGCUCCCUGCGCCAGACCCUCACAUCCACGACCCUGCAGCCCAGCAACCUCACCGAAACCGGGGACGCGCGCACCCCGCUCUCCCAUCUCGUAGACGUCGCAGAGGGCUACCGCCUCGCCGCCCUGCUGCAGCUGUACCAGACCUUCCCCGAUCUCCGCGACGACCGCGCCCGCGAGCUCGGUGCAGCGGCCAUCUCGACCUGGAGCCUGCAGACCCUAGCCCUCGAGCUCCUGGACCUCGUGAAACGCAUCCCAUUGGAGUCGGGGUCGCGGGUCAUCCAGCCGCUGUUGUACCUGUCCAUCGCGACGGGGCUGAGGGCGCCGGACGCGCAGAGUGCGGCGGGGGCGCCGCGGCUCAACCAGACGGCGCUGCAGGUGAGUCAGGCGCGGCGGGUGGUGAUGCAGCGGGUCAGCGUGUUGGAGUACAGUCUCCCGUCGAAACCGAUCCGGGUGCUGAAGGCGCUGAUCCAGCGGAUCUGGGAGGUCGGGGAUCGCGAGGGGGAGGCCGGGGUGGGGGCCGGGAGGGCGAAGCAUUGGAGUGAGGUUAUGGAGGAGGGGCGGUUGAGGACUAUGUUUGGGUGA